UGUUUGACUUGACACUGACAUUUCAUACACGUCAAAUAGCAAAUAUUUGGGUUUGGUUUUUGGGGAAAAGGGGAAAGUGAAAUUCUUACUAGAUUUUAACAAUAUUAGAUAAAAUGAGUGAUUUAGGAGGUAUAAAUAAGACUACCGAAACAAAUGGAACAAGUGAUGCUACUGAAGAUGGUAGUAAACGGAAGGGCUGGGUGAAAUUCGAGGAUGAUUCGCCACAAGUUAACGUGCCGUUGUCUGAGGUUUCCCCGUCCCCUGGGACCUCGGCACUGCCAGUGCAGAAUGCAGAAGUACCUGAGCCAACCCAGGCAGCCGUACUUAAGACUGAGUCAGUGCAUAUCAACCUGGAUCGCAACGACAAACAUCACGAACCUGUAAUGCCAAGGUUAUCCAAAAAUGUUGAAUUCGUCAAUGUCCGCCAAGGGUUUUCUAAUGGUGACAUUAUUGUCACUCUGUUGCCUGUAAAUUCGAGUUUGCCAUGGAUUACUGCAGCAAGAUUUCGGCCUGAGCUUGUGCCUGAGGAGUUAAUGGCCCAAGGAUUAACUUUAACUGUUGAAGAAUAUGUUCAUGCAAUGGAACUUCUAGUUAAUGAUGCAAGAUUUACGCUUUACAAUAUUUGCUACAAGCGUGUGUUGGUGUGCUGGAUAACGCUGGCUUUCCUGGUGCUGCUGGCGCUGCUGUUCUCAGGACUCACGGGGCUCACACUGUUCUCCCUCGGAGUGAUGUGGCUGAUCCUCAAUGCGGCUGCCAUAUUCCUCUGCAUGUGGGUCAAGUUGAGGUUGUCUAAAGGGAUGGAGCAGUGCCUGGCGAGAGUCAACAAGCUGCUGAACAAGCACAAGCUGAUUCUGGCGCUGGACGACCGCGGCCGCAUCUCCUGCCAUAAGGUCAACCUCUGCUUCAUCUACUUUGACUCCGCACCAUGCAUCAACCAUAUCCAGCAGUUCAUUGAGAGUGAAGAAGGAAAAACAAUCAUGCAAGGAUGGGAGGAAAGACUUGAUGUGCCCACCAAUGACAUCAUCAUCCAAGGAAGUCAGUCAACUAGACUGUCUCGAAAACAGGAAAGGGGUGCUCUUCUAUUCUUGCGCUACGCGGCGCGGUGGGGCGCACAAGCCGUGAAGCGUCGACUGGACCUCAGCAACCACGUGCCCGGGCGCCACGGCGACCGCUACGUCUGCCCCUGCCAGUUCAUAGAGGAGCACCUCAAGACCAAACCUCCGGCAGGUAUAGCCAAGUUCUUCACUUUACCCGACCAGAACGUCCAAGUUUAUUGAAAAUGUGUUUUUAUUAUUAUACAAAUGGUAUUCUUAAGUCCGUCCAUUACCUUUAAAUUAUACAACAUAUCAGUAUAUUGAUUGCCUAGCUCUAAGCAUUAACCUAUACCUAACAUUAUUAAUAUUAUGUUCUAUUAACAUAAUAAUUAUGAUUUUAAUUAUCUAUUUAGGUCUACUUAUUCUUUUUAUCGGUUUUGCAUUUUACUAAACCUGUCUUUCCUUUUUAUUUAUCAUUUACUUGAAUACCCAUAGAAAAUAUGAGAUAAAAAAUAGCCUACCUAAUAUAAUCAUUUAUUUUAUACUUAAACUUAUAUCCUUAAUUAUUGAAACAAUUACUUUGGUGCUCAAAUAUGUGCCUAAGCAGUCUACUUUUACUAUAAUAUGGUAUCUUGAUCUGCUAUCUUCCUUCACUUUCUGUGUGUGUUUCACACUUCACGUAUGGCAAAUUGUAAAAUAGUAUGUGUAAUAAUAUUAUAUAAAUUCCAUUUACACGCCAGUUUUUUUGUCUAAUGAAAAAGCUUAUAGUUAGCUUCUUCUAAAAGUGGCCAUAUUUAUAGCCCGUCGUCUCGAAAUUUUUAAUAUUCUUACCAUUCAUUUCGUAAGAUGACGACCCAUGUUUUACUAGGUUAUGAUUAUAAGUACUAAAUUCACAGACUAAAAUGAAUUGUGUUAUUGUGUUUGUACUAUUUAUUUAAAUUUAUUUCGGCAAAUUUCACACAUGUACACAUGUAAAUAUACCUACAGGUACAAGGUGUUAUACCUCGGUAUGUUAGCUAUGUAUUAACCAAGCAUAUUGAAAUAUUAAUUCGCACUAAUCAUGAUUUUUAAGUGCCAUUAUCAGUGUUGAUAAUAUUUUAGAAUAUUGUAUGCUCACUUGUUUAAUAUUGUAUUUUUAAUCACAGCAAAGGAUUGUUUAUGCUAUGUAUUCUACUUACAUCAACAAAUUAGAUUAUAAUCAAACUUACAAGUACCUAAAUGGUUGUUAAUUGUGAUAAAGUGCGUGGCACGUGGCACGAGCGCACUAAAACAAACUACUUAAUCUGAGCAACUAAUCUGAUUUUUAGCUAGGUAGGUAUAACAUUUAAAGUUUCAUUUAAAAAUAAGGGAUGUAUCAUUGUUUACCAUCGAAUUGCAAGUAUUUAAAUUAGUCAUCAUGGAUGUUUAAGAUUCAUAUAUUAUUUAUUAGGUAUUCGUCAGUGAUUAUUUAUUGCUUACCGCAUACUUUUAUACCAAAGCUCAAUUUUUGUACUACCUGACUUCUGAAUUUUAAAUGCGGCCCGUCAGAUACUGUGGAUUAAUUAUUAAUGACAGAAACUUUAAUCACGAUAUAAGCCUAGCGCGCACUACGAGACCAGCGCUAUUUUACUGCCACAAAAAGUAAAAUCGUAAUACGCGCCUGGCCUAUAGUGAGGUGAAGUAAGUGGAAUACUGAGGAAGAUAAUACUUAGCGUCUCUUCCUAUCGUGUUCCUCUUACCCUCCUCACGUUGACUAUAAACAUAAGUAUUAUAAACAGAUUAUAUACAUUAUAUUUAACUUAUUAUUACAUUUAUUUACUUACCAUUCGGUACAUAGUACAAUAUAAGUUUAGUGUUGUCAUGUUUUCUUCUUACUAAACUCUACUAAAUUAAUAUUAUGGUGCAAAAUAUAUUUUUAUAUAAAUCUGCUGCUGUUUAUCCUCAGAAUGUCUACAAUUUUAUUUUAUAAUUUAUUUAAUCAUAAACUAACUGUAGUGAAGCAUUAAAUGUAGGGGAAUAUAUUUUAUAUAGUGUAUUGGGUUACUAAUAUAAUUGAAUGUUAAAAAUGUAUUAUACAUUCCGUCCUCAGUACCUAAAUUGUAAGCAAAGUACUUAAGAUAUUUUUUAGUUUUAAGUCAUUAUUCUACACAUGAAUCUUGUUAAUAUAGAUCCGAAAUACAUAA